AUGAGCUGGAGGAGAGUGGCGAAAUCGUUGCAGGCGGUGGCCGCUCACAAUUUGCUCUUGGGUUUCACGCUCUUGCUCGUACUCAAGCUCGAUCACAUAGUUUCAUGCUCCUGGUGGGUCAUUUUCUUUCCAUUGUGGCUAUUUCAUGUAGUUGUUGCUCGAGGAAGAUUCUCCCUACCCGCCCCAUCAGUUCCUCAUGAUCGCCAUUGGGCCCCAUGUCAUGCUGUGGUCGCGAUGCCAUUGCUUGUUGCAUUUGAACUGCUUCUCUGUAUAUAUCUUGAGAGUAUAUAUGUUAGUGGUUCUGCUUCCGUGAACCUGAAAAUCACUUUCCUUCCGUUGCUGGCCUUCGAAGUUAUUAUCCUUAUUGACAAUUUUAGAAUGUGCAAAGCUUUAUUACCUGGAGAUGAUGAAAGCAUGAAUGACGAGGCGAUAUGGGAGACACUUCCUCACUUCUGGGUGGCAAUAUCAAUGGUUUUCUUUGUCGCUGCAACUUUGUUCACCCUCCUGAAACUUUGUGGUGAUAUUGAUGCUCUUGGCUGGUGGGACUUGUUCAUAAAUUAUGGGAUUGCCGAGUGCUUUGCGUUUCUUGUUUGUACAAAAUGGUCAAACCCAGUAAUUCACAGAAAUUCUCAAACAAGAGAAGAAAGUUCAUCUUCUAAUACUAUUAGGUAUCUUGACUGGACUAAUGGCUUAGUGGUAUCUGAGGAUCAUUCCCAGGAUAGAAUGUGUGGUCUGCAGGAUAUUGGUGGCCACCUCAUGAAGAUCCCGAUUAUUGUUUUCCAAGUCCUCCUUUGCAUGAGACUCGAGGUACAUAUUAUUAUGGCUCUUUUACUUCCAUUAUAUUAUCUGACAAGCUUUAUUAUUAUUGUUACUAUGACAAACGACUCCAGUUACAACACGUUCUCUGGUUAUCCACCUGAGAUAGUUAAAAAACUGCCAAAGAAGGAUCUUGUUGAGGAGGUGUGGAGACUUCAAGCAGCACUUGGUGAACAGACAGAAAUAACGAAAUAUAGCCAGCAGGAGUACGAGAGACUUCAACAUGAGAAAAUUCUGUGUAGAGUCUGUUUCGAGGGGGAGAUUGGGAUUGUACUUCUUCCUUGCAGGCAUCGUAUCCUUUGCAGCUCCUGCUCAGAUAAAUGUAAGAAGUGUCCGAUUUGUCGGCUGUCUAUUGAAGAGCGGUUACCUGUGUAUGACGUAUAG